AUGCCCGAGGAAAAGAAAACCAGAACCAAGACCUUGGGGACCGAGAAAGCCAAAAUAACAACGGCCAAGCCCUCUGACCCAAUUAUAAUUUGCUGGGAUGCAAAGCCUGAUGAUAUUGAGGCACAAAAACUUGUCUUGCCCCAGGGAAGUGGCGCUGACGAUAUUGCGAGCUUUGCUAGCAAGCUUCAGCAGCUAGUGUCUGCUGCAGGAGAGCUCGAGCCUCAAAGAUUCGCCACGAGCUUCCACCCAGCAGAUUUUGGGAUUAUUGACUCCAUCGAGCAAAUUCUUGUUCCGCAGUUGAACCUCAUGAACAAGGAGUUGAUUGCUAUCAGACAUGUUGAGCUAGAACUUUACAAGCUCAAUAUCUACUCGGGUCCCUCCGGUGUUUUCCAGAAAAAUGUCGAUACUCCUCGUUCCGAGAGUCAGAUUGGUUCUUUGGUUGUGUGCUUACCAUCUCAAUUCGAGGGUGGAAACUUGAUAGUCCGUCGUGAUGAAAAUGAAGUUGAUUUUGAUUGGCAACGUAAAAGUGCGGAAGCUAUUCAAUGGGGUGCUUUUUAUUCAGAUUGCGAGCAUGAGAUCAAGCCAAUAACUCAGGGUGAACGUAUUACUUUGACAUAUAACUUUAUGCCUGGAUUUAUGAAACAAGGUGGUACUUUGGGAAUAUCCUGUUCUCAUUCUUACCCAUAUACAGCGAAAAAUGUCAGCGAGUUGCUUCCCGAUGGCCUGAAAGGUGCUGACUUCCAGCAUUACGCUGGUUUACAUUCAUUUGGCCUGGAGGUUGAAGUUCUCCCAGUUAUAGUAGAUGACGAGAGUGAUGAUUAUAAAGGCAGUGAUGAUGGUGCUAGUGACGAAAGUCCGGACAUUGAUGAGUACUACUACCAAUAUGAACAAAUCGGCAAACAUGUGUUUGUUGGAUCCCACCUGUGGAGCGAGGUCGGCGCAGACAGUUUUGAUUUUGUAUACGACCCGAUUGGAAAGAAACCUCACUAA